AUGGCGAUCGUCGCUAUCCUCAUCCUCCUACCAACUCUGUACCUCACCGGUCAAAUAAUCAACAAUCUAUGGCUUCACCCACUCUCAAAGUACCCAGGCCCGCUCCUAUGGCGCGCAUUUCGAUUUCCCUUCCUCAAGUCAAUGAUGGGGGGUACUCUCCCGCAUCGAAUCAAAGAAUUCCAUGAAAAAUACGGCGACAUCGUCCGCGUCGCGCCCGACGAGCUAUCCAUCAUCGACCCCGCCGCCUGGCGCGACAUCUACACCAAAGGCCGGGAAUUCGUCCGCCCACACCAAUACAAGGACCAGCCGCCGGGCAAGACAGCCGCCAAUCUGAUCGCAUGCUCUGAAUCCGAACACGCGCGCCUGCGCAAAAUUCUCGCGCCCGGAUUCUCCGACAAAUACGCCAUGGACCAAGAGCCUUUUAUCCAGCACUACGUGGAUAAGUUAUUCGGGAAGCUGGACGAUCAUCUCUACAAGGACAAAUCGGCUGCUGUCGACGUUGUCGAAUGGAUCAAUUAUCUCGCCUUUGACGUGAUCGGCGAUCUUACCUGGGGGUCCUCGUUUGGCUGUCUGGAAGGCCUGACGUAUCAUCCCUGGGUUCAGACAGUGAGCCAGUUCAAGGCUGCUAUCGUCGUCGGUGCUCUGAAGUUCUACCCGCCAGUCUACUCAUUUCUAAUGGCUAUCACUCCACCCUCUGCGCUACAGGGCGUCAUGGAUAUGUGGAAGCUGACUGAGCAAAAUGUCCGCGACCGGGUCACCAGCGGCGCGAGCAGGCCGGAUCUAGUCGGGACAAUGCUGGCGUCUGAAUCCAUGACGCAGGAAGAGAUGGAGGUCAACUCUAUGAUGAUCGUGGCCGCCGGCAGUGAAUCUGUCACUACGGUUCUGACGGGCGUCAUCAACCAUCUCCUCCGCAGUCCGGAAAAACUCAACACGCUGGUCGGAGUUCUCCGAGCGACAUUCCCAUCCUCGGAACAAGAUAUUACCGGAUCAGCCUUGAAAUCUGUCCCCUAUCUGGACGCAGUCUUGAACGAGGGCAUGCGACUCUGUCCUACAAUCCCAGAUGGCAUGCGCCGCCAGGUCCCCUCGGAUGGCGCGACUAUUGCCGGACGCUUUGUUCCCGGUGGAAUGGUGGUCUCGGUUCCCCCAUUUGCGGCGUAUCGUGCCUCGCGCAAUUUCAGUCAUGCGGCGGAAUUUGCCCCAGAGCGCUGGCUUGAUGAGGGUUCUUCAGGCUCUCGGUUCCAAGAUGAUAGUAAAAUUGCGUUUAAUCCGUUCUCGUUGGGCGCGCAUAAUUGCCCCGGUCAGAAUCUGGCUUGGUUGGAGUUGAGGAUUAUCCUUGCGCGGCUGCUGUGGAGGUAUGACUUGUCGAUACCGCCAGGGAUUGAGCUGCCUCGGUGGGAGGAGCAGGGUAUCUGGUGGUUCUGGGAUAAGCAGCCUACUAUGGUGCGCUUUAGUAAGUGCCGGUAG